AUGCUCGCGCUGGUCCCUGCCGUGCUUCCAAGUCACCGCGCUCUCGCCGCGACUGAUCCUGCUCACGUGGCCGUUCUAAGGACGUUCGCUGCUCUAGGCAACCCCAGCAGCCCCCCUUUCAACGCGUGGACGGGGGAUGAUCCGUGCGGGGCAGAUGUGGGGAGCGCGUGGGCUGGCAUCAAGUGCGGCACUGGCAGCCCGUUCAACACCGUGGCUGAGAUUGACAUUCAGGACGCCAAUCUAGCAGGAGACUUGCCUCCUUCCAUUUUCAACCUCACAUCACUUCGCUUGCUCAAUCUGGCGCUCAACCCGAAACUGACGGGCAGCUUUCCAGAUGCACUCGGGAACCUCCUGCAGCUCACCACGCUGGACAUGCACGGAUGUGGCCUAUCAGGCUCCAUUCCAUCCACCAUAGGCCGGCUCACCAACCUCAAAUACUUCCUGGUCAACCACAACCGCCUCUCGGGCUCCCUGCCAGCACAGAUAGGCUCUCUCCCCCAGCUCUACAUGCUUGACGUCAUGGAGAAUCAGCUGGAAGGGCCGCUUCCAAAGUUUGAGGGCGCUAACGAGCUCGCCCACCUGUGA